UACUGAAUCAUUAUAGUUUCCCCAAUGUCAUGUGGUUUAGGCUAUUGGAAAAAGGUCAUAUCUGGUCUAUAUAAUUCUGAAGGUCCCAUGUUUGGUUCACUUGCAUAUUGUGAGUUCACAUACUCAAGGAUAAGGGUUUUAAAUCAAAAUAACUAAUACUCAAAGAAACAUACUUUGUAUAUGUUUAAGAAACUUCAAUAAGUUUUGCGUAUGCAGAGUUUGGAUUUGACUACUUAAUAGGAAUCCUUUUUUAUUUUUUUUUCCCAAUAUUUAAAUCAUGGAUUUAUUGAUGAACUAUAUGGACAUUUUGGUUAAGUAGUCAGAUUUUUCAGGUGUUCUUGGAAAACCGGGAAGGAAUUAACAAUAAUAGUCCAUUCAGUGGAGACAGGUGAGGAUCUGGAAUAUGUCCCGUCAAUCAUUUCAAUCCAGGUGAUAAUUCUCACAAGAUCAGGCUACAAUGAAUGAAGAGAGCAUGGACAACACCGCCACAACAGAGAGUAGAGAGAAUCAUGUGUUCGGCCGAGCCAGGCAGAGACGACGACAAUGUAAAGAGUGACAUUAAGGCAAAAAAAGCUGAGCUUGGAACAGAAGGAAUGGUACUGAAACAAGUACAGCAUAUCUUUGACAGACUUCAUCUUGAAGAAAACCAUGACAAUAAACUGAGUGCUGCAGAUGUUCUUCAGAUAACUGAACAUUCGUUACAGUCCCAAGAGUCUUGUGCUGAAGAGGGACUGAUUCAGACUUUCCUACAAAAACUACUGAUGAUGAACUACAGAGCAAGAUGCAUUAAUGUUAAAGAGAACAAUGAACAGGAUCGCACACAACAAAGAAGCAAUGUCUCAUCUGAGGAUGACGGUGAUAUUUUUGAUGACAUGUCUUUGUCUAAUGAACAAAGUACUCAGUCUGAGCGAAUCCACCCAAUGGAUGUUCAGAUGGCUGUGUUUCAUUGUGCUGAUGGUUUCCUGAAGCAGCUGAUGAUCACUAAACUGUCCCAGUGUCAGUACGCUCUCCCUCUGCUUGUUCCUGAUCCAGACACACAACAGAUUAAGUUUCCUUUCUGGACAUUCAGACAAAUCAACAAGAGCUGGAAGACGAGAACCACCAACAAUGAAAUCAUCUGUCAAACCCGUCCGAUCUACAAGGUAGAAACUCCAAUGGUGUGUUUCUUCAGGUUUGGCUCUGUGUCUUCAUCCAAGUCUCAUCUGAUGAACAGUCUGAUCAAUGAGAAACACAACACAUUCUUCCACAGGAACUGUCCAGGCAGCAACAGAACCAGAGUCCUGAUGGAUGGAGUGGUGGAGAUCGCCUGGUUUUGGCCCUCUGGGAAAAAAACAGAUAGAUUCACAGACUGUGUUGCGUUCUGUAAUCUACAUGGUGAUGCAGGAGAUCAUGAGAAACAGCUGCAGAUCCUCACUGAAAUGGCCUCAGUCAAUGUUGUUCUUCUACCACAACUUCAAAGGACUGCCAAACAUGCAGCAAAGAUCCAAAACCUGUACAAGGACAAAAAGCCACUCAUUUAUCUUUUUACUGAGGAUGAAUCUGCUGUGACUGAGACGAAGAAAGGGAAAUUCAAAAUUGGCCUGAAGGACAGAAAUCAGUCAGAUGUAUCUGAAGAACUCAGAAGAACUAUAAAUGAUUGUCUCUCAGAAUCAUCUUCCACUUUCAGCCUUGAAGAUGUGUCCAAACACUCAGACAUCAGAGUAGAUGAGGAAGAAGACUGCAAGAGAGGAAGAGAAGCAGCACAGCAGAUGAUGAGUUUACUGGAGAAGAAAAAUCUGACAGAAAUCAAAGACUCAUUUCUUCCUCAUCAGGGGAAACUGUGGCAUCAGUGGAGUCAGAAGAACAAAGAACUACAUCGACCUCAAGGAGAAAAGACAGAAAUGGACAUCAGUAUAAAACAAAUGGAUUUAAAGAAAAUUCGUGAACUGCAACAUGAAUCUGAUAUCAGUGAGUUCAUUAAGUUCUUUAUUAAAAAUCACUCUAAUGCUGCAAAUAAUUUGUUUUUCCUUAAAUGGCUGGGAAUCCUCCUGGAUGAAUAUACAUCAGCUGACCUAUCUGAUCUACAUCAGAAGUAUGAUGAAAAGUGGUCAUCAGUUGUAAAACUGAAAGAGGAUCAUGCUAAACCUGAAAAACUGAAAGCUGAACAAGCAGAACUUGAGAGAAUAUCUGAGGAUCUUCAAGCUGCAGCCUUUGGUUUGGAGCACAUCAUGAGGGAGAUCGGUCAGAUCUAUGAAUCAUGUUCAUCUGUGAAGAAGGACAAGAAAGAUCUGCAGGUUCCCUUCUCUUCUCUCCCGAGUUUUGCAGCAGAGAUGAUGAUCUCUGGAUUUCCACUGGAGCUGAUGGAUGGAGAUGGUGCUCAUGUUCCUGUGAUCUGGAUCUCUGCUGUUAUAGAUGAACUCAUCCAGAAACUGGGAGACCAGAAAGUCUUUGUGCUGUCAGUUUUAGGGCUUCAGAGCUCUGGGAAAUCCACCAUGCUGAACGCCAUGUUUGGACUCCAGUUUGCCGUCAGUGCUGGCAGGUGCACCAGAGGAGCUUUCAUGCAGCUGGUCAAAGUCUCAGACGAGAUGAAAACACAUAUAAAAUUUGACUAUAUUCUGGUUGUUGAUACCGAGGGUCUUCGUGCUCUAGAACUGGCUGGAACAUCAACAAGACAUCAUGACAAUGAACUGGCCACAUUUGUUGUUGGUCUUGGAAAUCUGACCUUGAUCAAUAUAUUUGGAGAAAACCCAGUUGAGAUGCAGGACAUUCUUCAGAUCAUUGUUCAGGCCUUCAUGAGGAUGAAGAAGGUCGGACUAAAACCAAGUUGCAUGUUUGUGCAUCAGAACGUCUUAGACAUCACAGCUGGAGAGAAAAACAUGGAGGGAAGGAGACGACUUCAGAAUUCACUGGAUGAGAUGACAAAACUCGCUGCUAAAGAGGAAGAUUAUGAUGCAGAAUGUUUCAGUGAUGUCAUUAGAUUUGAUGUACAGAAUGAUGUGAAGUAUUUUGCUCAGCUCUGGGAAGGAAGUCCACCGAUGGCACCACCAAACCCAGACUACUGCGAGAACAUUCAAGAACUAAAAGAAUAUAUUCUUUCAAAUACUGCAAAAUCAAAUGGAAUGAUUCUGACAAAUCUAAAAACUCAUAUUAAAGAUCUCUGGGAGGCUUUACUGGAUGAACAAUUUGUCUUCAGCUUCAGAAAUUCUCUGGAGAUUUCAGCCUACAAGAAACUGGAGACCGAAUACAGCAAGUGGACCUGGAGUCUUCGCAGUGCCAUGAAGGAAACUGAGAACAAACUACACAACCAAAUAGAAAAUGAAGCAAUUCAUGAGGUUGAGGAAACUGGUCUUCAAAGAGAACUGAAGAAGACAAGUGAAGAUGUGGAAAAAUCAAUGUCUGAAUUCUUUGAGAAAGACAAGGAUAAAGAUAUACUGAUUCAGUGGAAAACAUCAUUUGAAAUCAAAAUUAAGGAGCUUGAGGAAAACAUUGUGAAAGAAACAAAGAGGAAAUUAAAUGAGGUUCUUCAGCAGCGAGACCUGAAGAAAAAGAUUGAUGCUCAGAGGACACAUCAAGAAAACACUCUCUAUGAAAAGAGCAUAGAAAUUGCCUUAAAACUGAAAGAUAAAGCAAAUGAUGAAGAAACACUGAAGAAAGAGUUUGAUCUGUUUUGGAAAGAGAGUAUAAAGAAGAUCAUCUCAGACACUCCUCCAAUCGAAGACAUUGAUAUAAUGAGAGAUGUGAGAGAGAUCCUCAGUGACACCUAUAAAAGUGUUUCUGUAGACCUCUGGAAUGAGAGCAGUGAGUGCAGGGAUAUCUUCUCUGUAUCCAGUUAUGCAGACUAUCUACAGUUAAAGAAAACCAGUGGAUUUAAAGAAAGUUUCCACAGAGUAGCAAAAGAUAUGUUUGGUUUUGCUCUACCUAAAGAGUAUAACACCCAAGUGAAAACAUUUGUCACAGAUGUUGAUCAGCAAACAGAAAAAAGUAUUCAGCCAUAUAACAUUUCAAAGAUGGGCUACAACAAGAGCUGCAUUCAAGAACUCAUAGAUUAUAUCAAGAGAAGAGUAACUGAACAUCAGGACGGACCAGGUCUGUAUGUGUUCAAAAAUGAAUUCUUCAUGGAUUUGGUUCUUUCCAUCUGUAAGAGAGCAAACACGAUUAUCACUGACCAACACAAACUGUUCAAGGAAGCCAAUGAUCCUGUAAUAUAUCUUGAGAAGAAGAGAGAAGAGUACUAUAAUAUUUUCCGGAAAUACUGUCAUGGAGCAACAUCAGCUGCCAUUUUUGGUCAGAUUAUCUGUCAGAAACUGAAAGACCCCAUUGAGCAGAGUGUCUACAAGAAGACUGCCAGAGAUCUGGCUGAUGAAAUGAGAUCAAACUGUGAAUCACUGAAUGGAAACAGAUCAAAUCUGGAGAAACACAUCCUGAAGACACUGGCAGAAGAGGAGGAUUUUGACAAAUACAUGAACUACAUUCAUAAUCCCAGAGAUCACUUCAAGAGUUUCAUCAGAGAUGAAGUCAGUCGGUACAUCACUGAUAAGUUCAGUGUCAGUGUUUUACCCAAGAUGAAGAAGAACAUUGAACUCCUGCAGCAGAAGAUCAUGAAAGCUGCACAUGAAUCCACUGAACAUGUUCAAGAGAAUAAAGGAGAUGUUGGAUUGUGGUUGAAGAGUUUCACACAGCGGCUCUCAGACGUGCUGAUCUUCUCUGAAAAAGACCUCAGUGGAGUCAAACAUGAUGAUGUUGAUGAUUUCAACCUCCUAGAAGAUGUGAUAAGACAAGAACUUACUGUCCCAAUAUCUGAUAUCAACAAAGAGUUGAACACAGAUUCACUUGACAAAAAUCUGGACUGUGAGUUCAGACCAGAAGAAAUUUUGAUUGAUCACUUCUGUCAGUGCUGUUGGGCUCAGUGUCCGUUCUGUGGAGCCGUCUGCACCAACACCAUAGAAAACCAUGAUGGAGAUCACAGCGUUCCUUUGCACAGAGUGACAGGUCUCAAAGGCUUCCAUUAUAGAAAUGGAAAUCUCAGUGCAGAUUUUUGCACAACUUUAGUGGCAAGUAAAAACAGAUUUAAUGUAUCAAAUGAGUGGGUUUCUCAUAAAAAACACAAAAAAGCAGGAGGAGUCUAUGCAGACUGGAGAAUCACCCCUGACCUCUCUCAGCUGCCUUACUGGAAGUGGUUUGUGUGCCGAUUCCAGAAAGACAUAGAAAAUCACCACAAUAAAACAUUUGAGGGAAGUGGAAAGAUCCCACAAGAAUGGAGAAAAUGCACAAAACAGGAUGCUAUUGAGAGUUUGGAUGAAGGCUUUAAAAUGGAGCAGAUAUACUGCAAGUCUGCACUAGCUACUGUGAUUCCUUUAUAGUUAUUUGCGGAAGUACAAGACUGUAAAAUACAGAAAUUGUGUGUAGGGUAUAUGAUCCAUUUGAAAUAGCCUACUUAAUCUAAGAAUCAAGUAAAUCCCAUUAACGAUUCUGUUUAGAAAUCAGGGAUUUGGGUCAUUUAUGUAUAAUUAUUAUUUAUAAUUAUCUCACCUAAAUGUUUGCUCUGUCAGUUUAUUUGUUUUUACAAUGAUAAAUUUUUUUCUAAAUUUAUGUGAAUGCUCAGCAAGAUGGAAUUUUAGACAUUAUCUGUGCAUGCAAUAGAGAAAAGCUCAGUGCAUGCAGGGGGUGUGGCCUCAAUAGCCCUGUAGUAAGUAGUGUGUGUGUGCAUGUGAUUGAGGAGGGUAGCAAUUCAACUUAAAAUUCAUUACAUUUGGUUGUUUUAGCCAAGAAUAUGCUAAACAAUUUUUUUUCCAAGUACAUUUAGGUUUCCUGUUUUCCCAUUGAAAUAUUCCAGCCUGGGACAUUCCCAGAAUUUUGCAACCCUAGUACAGAAUUAUCCAAAAAGAUGGGCUGUAAUUAAAGCAAAAGGUGGCUUAAAGUAUUACAUCAGGGGACUUAUGACUUUUCCAUCCCUGUUAUUCUAGUUUUUCAGGGAUUUUUCAAAAUGGAUUCAGAACUUUUGCCAUUUUUACUUUCAUUUGAUGAAGGCAACAUUUGUAUAUAAAGGUGGAAAAGUUAUUUUUUAUAAUAGGUUUUGAUUUCAGGCUGUAUGACAAAUAAACUAAAACUUUUAAAGGGGUGUGAUGAUUUUCUAUAGGGUAUUUGGUAAUAUUGACAUAGAGGUUGAAAUGGGCACCGCAGUCCAAAUUGAGAGUUGCAUCUCCCGCCCCCUCGAGCGCAAUUGACAAUGGAAGGCAAGUGGCCUUAGACUGCAAGUUGAUGAGUUAAUUUAUCCUAGUUUUAAUAUGUCUCAAGUCAUUUCGAUGAAUACUGAGACAUUUUAGGUUGGAUAGAAUCUGUGAUCUUUGACCCAAUUCGUUUUCAAUAAACUCUUUCCACCAACUGGCAACCCAAGAUGACAAAAUAUUAUUGGGUAAUGCACAUUUCACAGU